UCCGCGAGCGGACGAGGCUUCCGGGCUGCCGCGCGAGGCUCCUCGGGUCGCCUCCGGAUCCGCUGCGGCAGCGAGGCUCGUCUUGAGCGGGGGCUUCCCCCGGUGGAGCCUCUGCGGACGGGAAGAGGCGGAGCUCCCCGCCGGCCGGGGAGGAACUUCCGGGGUUGCUAAGUAACGGGCGCUCGCUUCCUGCCUGGCGCCGGUCAGCCUCUCCCCCCUUGUCCCGCUGCCGCUGCCUCCGGUGCCCGCGGGGAGACGCGAGGGAGGCGGCCAUGGCGGCUGGCGGGCCGCGCGGGAGGUGGGUGCUGGCGCUGCUGGUGGUCGCCCAGGUCUCCGGCGAGUUCGGCGUGGUGCGCGUCUUCCCAGAGAAGGGCGGCGGCGGCGGCGGGGGGAAGGACUACUGCAUCCUCUUCAACUCCCAGUGGGCCCACCUGCCCCACGACCUGGGCAAGGCGUCUCCGCUGGCGCUGCAGGAUCAGACGGCGUCGGUCUUGUGCGCGGCCUCCGAGGUGCCCGAGGGGGGCUUCGGCAACGCGGUGCCCAUGGUGAUGCGGGGCAACUGCACCUUCUACGAGAAGGUGCGCCUGGCGCAGGUGAACGGCGCCCGCGGGCUGCUCAUCGUCAGCAAGGAGAGGCUGGUGCCCCCCGCUGGUAACCGGACUCAGUAUGAGGAAAUUGAUAUCCCAGUGGCCCUGCUCAGCUAUGCGGAUAUGCUAGACAUAGGACAGAGCUUUGGUCGCUCAGCCAAGGUGGCCAUGUACGCACCUGGCGAGCCCGUUCUGGAUUACAACAUGGUGAUCAUCUUUGUCAUGGCGGUGGGCACGGUGGCCAUCGGUGGAUACUGGGCUGGGAGCAGAGAUGUGAAGAAGCGCUACAUGAAGCACAAGCGGGAUGACGGGGCUGAGAAGCAGGAGGACGAGACGGUGGACGUCACUCCCGUCAUGAUUGGAGUCUUUGUGGUCAUGUGUUGCUCCAUGCUGGUCCUCCUCUAUUACUUCUAUGACCAGCUAGUGUACGCCAUCAUAGGGAUUUUCUGCCUGGCUGCUUCCAUCGGCCUCUACAGUUGCCUUUCUCCGUUUGUCCGAAGGUUCCCCCUCGGGAAAUGCCGCAUUCCCAGCAACAACUGGCCUUAUUUCCACAAACGGCCCCAGGUCCGGAUGCUCCUCCUUGCCGCCUUCUGCAUUGCUGUCAGCCUGGUCUGGGGUCUCUUCCGAAAUGAGGACCAGUGGGCCUGGGUCCUCCAAGAUGCUCUGGGGAUUGCCUUCUGCCUCUACAUGCUGAAAACCAUCCGCUUGCCGACCUUCAAGGGCUGCACUUUGCUUCUUCUGGUCCUCUUCGUGUAUGACGUCUUUUUCGUCUUCAUAACUCCGUAUCUAACCAGGACAGGGGAGAGCAUCAUGGUGGAAGUGGCUGCUGGACCAACGAACUCCUCCACUCGCGAAAAGCUGCCGAUGGUGCUCAAGGUCCCCCGGCUCAACUUCUCCCCUCUGGCCCUCUGCGACAGGCCCUUCUCUCUCCUGGGAUUUGGGGACAUCUUGGUACCAGGUCUGCUUGUGGCCUAUUGCCACAGGUUUGAUAUUCAAGUCCAGUCAUCCAGAGUGUAUUUCGUAGCUUGCACCAUAGGUUACGGCGUUGGCCUCCUGGCGACCUUUGCGGCCCUGGCCUGGAUGCGGAAGGGCCAGCCGGCCCUCCUCUACCUGGUGCCCUGCACGCUCCUCACCAGCCUCCUCGUGGCCCUGUGGCGCCGGGAGCUGGCCACGUUCUGGACGGGCAGCGGCUUUGCGAAAGAGCUACCUCAUCCUCCCUUAGUCGUCUCCCCCGUCAGCUGCUCUGCUCCCCCAAGGGGGGAUCCUCCAGCAUCCCACCCAGAGGCCGAUGGAGAAGCAGCCGCCUCUGCUGUCCCCCCCAGGGAGCCCACCAGCACCCCUUUGGGCCCUGAGGGGGAGGAGGAGCCACGCGCCCCUUUCCUGGAGGUGGAGAAAGAGGCAAAGGAAGAGGAGACGGACACUGCUGAGCCCCAGCCCAACCAGCCGCCGACCCAGCUGCCACAGGGAGAGGCGCCCGGUGACCCUCUGAAGGACAAUGCUCAGGGACAUCCGAGCCCCCCAGCCGAACAUGGUCCGUCCGGCUAGACUCCUUCUCUCCCCCCACCUUCUUCCUCCUCCCCUCCCCCCAGUGCAGCUGAGGACUGAUUCGGGUCACCUUUGCAUUCGUGGAUUCUUGGGCCAUUAGGAGACUCCCAGGGUGGAUUUCGGAGGGGCAGCCAUCUGCGCUUCAUACCAAAUCCCCUUCCAUUUUGAAUAUGGUGCUUUUACGAAGGUUCGAGUAAAGUUUCAGCAACUAUUUAAAAGACAAAUCAGCAAGCAGAUGCCUUUCCUUUCCCUGUUUUAGUCUGCUGGUUAGUAUUAAUACCUUUUUAAAAAAGAACUGUAGGCAGUAUUUGCACUUGUGUGGCCGUGAUAAUUGCUUUAGCCUGACUAGGGCUGCGUGGGAAGAAGCUCUUCUCCGCGAUAGUUUCCUCUUUUUAAAACUCAUCUCUCCGUGGAAGGGGCCCCCUUGCGCUCGUCCUUCCUCCCCAGGGGCCGCCCCCCACCUGCUGUCCUCAAGGAACGAGCCGGUCUCAAAAAGGAACUUGUCUCUGCAGGCUUUUAGUUCUUUAGUUUUUUCUUUUCUGGGGGCUCCUGUGCUGGAAGGAGGGGGAGGAGGUGGGGUGCCCUGCCCAGCUCUCUGGGCUGUCCAUUCAGGCCAGGCCAGGCCAACCCUGGAUUUUACUUUGCUGGGUUCCUGGGAGGUGGGGGGGUGGAGGCAGCGGGCAAGGGUUAGUGGGGCUGAAUGGGGAGCACCAGCAGUCACUUCUGGCCCAGCUGGGACCCAAGGAGGAGGCCCCUGAGGGGCGGAUCGAGUCCUCAGCCGCUUGGGAAAGGCAGUAGCUGCAGCUCCCCCCCCCCGACGCCUGGGGGGCGUGCCCACUCCCCGUGAAGCAGCAGAGGGGAGGGGGGGACCUGAAGUCUUCCAGGGACAAUAGUCUUAACACGGGGAGCGUCCAAGUCCCCCUUCAGCUGCUCCUCCUAGGCAUCCUGGGCCAGAGGGUUUCUGUGUCGUCCUUGUGUUUCAGUGUAGUGUGUUUGCAUUUUUUUUUUUGUUCUCUGGACUGUACAAUGUAGCUUUACAACCCUGCGUAUUAAAGGCUUACCGCCUUCUGCUGAGUCGCUGGCCGGUCCCUGCACGGUUGGCCCUCAGUCAGGGAAGGGACAUGACAACCUUGUUUCAGAGGGGCUCGUCCCGAUUCCUUUGGGGCAACGUGGGGGGGGGUGUCAGUGGGCCUGGCUCUCAUGCAGAACGAUGGGCACUUGUUUAGACACUACAGGAUUUUGCCUUAAUUUAAGCCAUUUUAUAAAUAAUGUACAUGGAACUUUUAUUUUACUCUGAAGCAGGUUAAACAAUAAACUUGAUGAAACUUGAGUUGCUCACGCCCAAA